GGCACCUGAGGUGGGCCGUCGUGAGCUUGGGUGCCAGAAGGUAGAGACAGUGUUUGUGCAUAGACGGAAACGUGUGGCCCGGUGUCUGCAAUGUGCUGAGGCCUGGGAUUUCUCUUCCUUUUGGACUCAGUGUGUUGCCCAGGGUGAUUUCCCCUAAAAAAGGGAAAUGGUGAGGGGAGAGGGGCUGCUUCUGCAGAGAGCAGCACAGACUAACUUUACAUGGCGUCCCGCAUAGCGGUACUGCGGUUGCAGGCAGCUGCCCGGUGCCGCCGCCAUUUGGAGAGAGCGCCGCGCAGUUAUGCGGGUGGCAGUUGCUCGCCUUCAUGAGCUUGGAGGUGAGGACUCUCCUGUUGUGUCUUGAGCUCGAGAGGCUUGAGGGGAGCGAGGUCGCCUUCUCCCGAGCCACUGACCCUGCUCGUGUUGCGCAUUAGUUGCUGGGGGGUGAAGGUGAGGUGUUCCAAGCACACGAGCGUGGACUUGGACUCGACCCAGCGUGCAGCACACGCUUUGAGAGCAGGGUGGUCCUGGGUUGUGCGAGAGCUUCGUCCGGCUUCGUCCCAUGAUCGUGGCAGGGAGGUUUCUCUGGCGAGACUGCCCCUGCGGCGAGUGAGCCUCUGCGAGAAGAACGCCUGCCCAGGAGCGCAGAGCCUGCGCGGCAGCACUUGUGCCUGGAGCUCCCCGGUGUUUCAUGAGAGUAGCUGUCUGGCCCUGGAGAAGCCCUGAGUAUGUGCACGCACGCCUGUGAGGUGACGGGGGUGGCAGGUCUUUAGGUCGCUCUGGCACCCGCUUUGAAACUGCCUCCUGCGCUGCCCAGCCUUCCGGGGCUGGAGCACUUGCUGGCAAGAUGGGGCAGUCGCCUGGCGAUGGGACAGGGCAAUGUUGGUGCCGGCUCUGUGGCGCUUCUGCUGCGUGCAGCCCCCGGCUUGCAGGGAGCGGGUGUCGCUUCUGUUGGGUUUUCUCUCUGAAGAGGCGUCUGUGGAGUCAAGGCGUCGUGCGCCUGUGGAGCUUCAGGGUGAAUACAAAUCCCUGACCGGCGAGUGGAUUCCCUUCAGGCACCUAGGACAUGGCACACUGCAAGGCUACUUGGAGAGCAUCCCGGGAGUGGUCAGAAUGGAAGGGAACAAAAUGGGAGAGGUCAUUUGCCAUGCUGUUGCUUGCAGCGAGACUGUGCCAAUUGCUCAACUAGUGGCCCGUCAGAGGAGUUCCAAGAGGAAGAUGGGACGGCAAGUGAACUGCCAGAUGAGGCUGAAGAACACGUCUCCCGUCACGUUAGCAGGAAAGCCCAAAGGAACUUUGCGACAGCCCAGGUCUUUGAGCAUGCCAGAAGAAGGCAGCAAGAGGCCUGUUCCUCGCCCUCCGCGAGGCAGAGGAGUGGCGUGUGGAGUGGUGAAACCCACUAUGGAGAGUGCCCGGUCUGCCUUGCCUCCAGCUGCUGGGAGUGGACCGUCUAAAGAAAUGCCCAUGCAGAGGCACGUCACUGUGGUAAACAGGUCUGAAAAGAAACUAACUGUCCCACCACGGUUUCAAAAGGAGUUGCAAGUUCACCUGUCCAGAAGCUCUUCCGUGGAUUCAAAUGAUAACUUGAAUACAUCCAUUGUGGAGACACAUUCUGUUGCUUCUGGCCCUUCUGCUGCUCAUGUCAAUGAAGUUCAAAGUCGCAUUAAGGAGAUUCUGAGCAAGUGCAGCAGUGGUGUCUGGGUGUCAAAGAUGCCACAGAUCUACCGGGAAAUAUACUGGGAGGAGCUUAGCACAGCAGUGCUCCGUCAGCUUGAGAACUGGCCUCAUGUGUGCACAGUGGAGAAGGUACACAGGGGUGAUCAGAUGGAUGGGCUUCUUUAUCCUGCUAAGAAGAUACCACCGAUAGCAAAAAGUGAUACAGAGCAAGAAAAGGCAUCGCAGAAUGUUACUUCUUCAAAAGUAGACCCUUUGUUAAAACCAAAUAUGGAGACCACACCUGCAUCACUUAGUAGUGACUUCAAGCAGAAAGUUGUUAACAUCUUGCUGAAGUAUUCCAGUGGUCUUUGGGCUAAUGCGCUUCCCAAAUUGUACCAAGACACUUACCAAGUAAAAUUUCCAGAAGAUAUUCUAAAUAAUCUAGAGUUGCUCUCAGAUGUAUGUAUAGUGGACUAUGUAUCUGAAGUCCCCAGAAAGGCCAUCCUCUAUGCUAAACCCCAAAGACGCAUUGAUGAAAAUCUGAAUGUCACUGAGAAAGUCCAGAGGCAUGAUGGUGUGAAGGCCACAGCUGAACAACAGUAUGAAGAAUCCAAGAACCAGUAUCCAGAGAACAUAACUGUUCCUCCUCUAAUCAUUCCAUCAGAAGGAUCUGUGUCCGUCAUGGUGUUAGAACUGAAAAACACUAAUGAGGUCCUAAUUAGGUAUGUGGGCAAAGAUUAUUCUUCCGCCCAGGAACAAAUGGAAGAUGACAUGAAAGCAUACUAUAGUCACAAUAGUACAGUGUCACUAGCUCAGUCUCUGAGCAUUGGGCAACUUGUUGCAGUACACGCUGAAGAAGACGCCUGGUUGCGGGCGCGGAUAAUUUCUCUAGAAGACAACAGAAUAAAGGUAUGCUAUGUUGAUCAUGGCUUCAGCGAGUUUGUUGAAAGCAACAGUGUGUACAAACUACAGAAACAGUUCCAUUCACUUCCAUUUCAAGCUGCAAAAUGUAAACUGGCAGGACUGGAAGUCUUCUGUGAUGAUCCUGUUCUGGUAAAGACUGUGGAAUCACAGACAUGCUCCAAGAUAUUUGCUGUGGAAAUACUGGAAAAGAGUGAUAUUCCCCUUCUUGUUCUCUAUGACACUUCUGGAGAAGAUGAUGUCAACAUCAAUGCUACUUGUCUGAAGGCAUUGUAUGACAAGUCCCUUGAACUGCACCUACAGGUAGAUGCACUAUAUACAAAUGUCAGAGUAACCAGUGUUUUCUCUGAUGGAAGCCUGUAUUGCCAAGUGCCAUCUAAAGGCUUGUCUAGACUUUCUGAAAUCUUGCAGAAACUAGAAGACUACUUCCAUUACAAGCAGACAUCUGAGUUUAAUGUAUCGCUACCUUUCUGUGGCAAAAUCUGCUUGUUCCCUUCCAAAGGAAAAUGGGGACGUGUAGAGAUAAGAAUUAUUCACACUAGACGGGCACUUGAUGUGCAGUUCAUGGAUACUGGGACAGUUGCAACUGUAAAAGUAUCAGAGCUUAGAGAAAUCCCCCCCCAAUUCCUGAGAGAAGUAAUUGCAAUACCUCCUCAGGCUAUAAAAUGCUACCUAGCAGAUCUGCCUCCUAACACUGGCAUGUGGACUCCAGAUGCUGUACUGUGGCUGAGAGACACUGUAAUGAAUUGUCCUGAAUUUAGCAUGAAGGUGGUUAAACAGGACGGUUCAAAGGGAAUUGCACACGUUUACUUGUUUGCUCCAGAGAAUUUCCCAGACAUGGAUCAUAGCAUCAAUCGACAGAUCAAAAAUGCAGACUUGUGGAAGCAUCAGAAAGAUGUUUUCUUGAGUGUUACACCCAGUGGGACUAGCCCCACGAAAGUGACAAGUGAUGCUGUUUCAGCUCUACGGUUAACCAGUGGAAGGCUAGAGAAGAGUUUCUCUGAUUCAUCAAGAGAACCCAGCAGUGCAGUAUCUACCAUUGAUACGCCUCCACCUCUACCCUUGUCAAAGACUGGUGAGCUCAUGGAUGUCUAUGUCUCGUUGGCCUGCCAUCCAGGUCACUUCAUUGUCCAGCCUUGGAAAGAGCUACAUAAUCUGGAAGCCCUGAUGGAAGAAAUGAUCUUGUACUACAGCAGAGCAGAAGAGAAACCUGUGAACAUUGAAAAAAACAAGCUAUAUGCAGCUAAAAUUGAAAAUCAGUGGUACAGGGUCAUAAUAAAAGGAAUUCUUAGAAAUGGGUUUUUGUCGGUGUAUGAGCUGGACUAUGGUAAACAUGAGUUUGUCAGCAUAGAGAAAGUACAGCCACUCAUGGAUACGUUUAGAAAACUGCCUUUCCAAGCUAUAACAGCUCAGCUUGCAGGAGUGAAAAGCCAGCAGUGGUCAGAAGAGGCAUCAAUAGUGUUUCGGAAUCUUGUAGAGAAGAAACCCUUGGUGGCACAGAUACAGGCAGUUAUUGAAAGUGCUAACUCUUGGGAUCGAAAAAUAGUGACUUUUCUCGUGGACACAUCUCUUCCAGACACUGAUAUAUGGAUUCAUGAUUUUGUGUCUCAAAGUCUUGUGGAAUUUUCAAAGGAUGAUUAAUCACCACUUCUGAAAUGUAGCAGCUCAGAUUCUUUAGCAAUAAAAUAAGUAACAGGCUUUGAAGAGAAAUAUAACUAUUACAUGGCCUUGAAGACAUGAAGGUGAUAAAAUUGAAAAAUCUGUUCUGUGAAAAGGGUUUGUUUAACAAGUUUGGGUUCUGUUGACUUCAGUUGACUUUCUGAAAAUUUGCACUUUGUUUAUCAUUGUAAUGCUAGAAUGUUUGGGUGAAAAUAUUA